GUCAUCGCACAAGUGAGAGAGAGCUGCGCCGACAUGCACAACCUGUUGAAGACAAGUUGGAAGCAGGCGCAGGAGCGAAACAUGCAACCGACAUCUGCUCCUCCUCCGGAGGAGACCGAUCCGGACCUCCCAAGCAUUGACUUCGACUCGGACGAAGACUUUGACGAGCCCACGAUGACGGAGGGCAAGGAGGGCAAGGAUGACAAGAAGACGCCCAAGAAGGGCGACGAUACACCAAAGACCACCGUCACCAACAACCUUCCCACCAGCUUCCAAGACAUGUUUCAAAUCAAUGCCGCCGUGAUGGGAUUCAGCCGCAGCUCAAACACGUGGAUGCCGGUGGUUCUCGAGGCCAUCGAGCGCAUCGUCUUGCACGUCAGUAGUGCGAGCCGCAUACGCGAAGAAGUGGACAUCUUGGCCCUGCGGUUGCAGAACUAUGUUCCUGGCCUCACGCUCUCAGAAUUCAAG